AUGCCAGAUCACAAGCAGGAACCAAAGGAUACUGUUCCAAUCCACGAUCAACUUACGGCAGAAAUCUCCGACAAUGGCUUUGAUCCGGUGGUCGUCGACUGGUAUGGGGAGGAUGAUCCAGAAAAUCCAUAUCGAUGGUCGCUGACCAGGAAAUGGGUCAUCACUGCUGUGGGAUGCAUGGCUACAUUCACGACUAUUCUCAAUGGAACCAUGAUCACAGUGGCUCACGCGGCCAUCAACGAGGAAUUCAAUGUUAGCGAUGCAGCGUUUCCAAACUCAUACUGGCCAGUCACCAGCUGGGCGUUGGGAGGUGCUCUCUCCGGUCUGAUCGUCUUGCCUCUGAUGGAGGACUACGGAGUACGGCCAGUGUUUCUGAUCACCUACGUUGUCUUUUUCUGCUUCAUCAUUCCACAAGCCCUGGCACAAAACUUCGCCACAUUGAUCGUCUCGCGCUUCUUCACCGGUGGUUGCGUUUCCAUCCUGGGCAACACUGCAGCCGCGUUGAUCGGCAAUAUCUGGGAGGGUGAUCGGGCACGAACGAUGCCUCUGAGCAUUUUCGUGACCCUUUUUCUUGCAGGGAGCAGCAUGGGUCCAGUCAUUGCUGCGGUCAUUUUUGAAAACCUGUCCUGGCGUUGGAUCUCCUAUAUGCAGCUCAUCUGGUACGGCGCACUCUUCCCAGUCUACGUCUUCUUCUUCCAGGAAAGUCGAGGGACAUUCAUCCUGCAGAAGCGGGCGAGAAAGUUGCGGGAAGCUGGCAAGACAGUACAAGGCCCGCAUAGCGGGGACAACCUUAGCGUGCUGCGCAAGCUGGUGCUGAGCACAAGGAGACCGUUAUGGAUGCUGUUUACGGAACCGGUACUCUUCGUUUUCACUCUCUGGUCAGCGUUCAUGAUCGGCACAGUGUACCUGUUUACCCAGUCUGUCGAAACGGUCUUUGCUGGAUUGUAUGGAUGGACUGCAUCCCAAGCUGGCUAUGUCCAAGGCGCGAUAGUCAUCGGCGAGUGCAUUGGCUGGACAGGCGUUCUCAUCUCUGCAAAGUUCUACUUUGCUUCCGUUUCUCGCAAUACCGAAGUUCCGGGCACACCUAUACCCGAAGCGAGGCUCUAUGUCAGCGUUUUCGGAAGUUUGGUCGGCGUCACCGGUGGCAUGAUGGUAUAUGCAUGGACGUCUUAUCCAUUUCUGCCUUGGAUCGCUCCGGCCAUUGGGCUUGCCAUGGUGGGCUAUGGCAUUGACGUGGUCGUUUUAGCCAUCGCCGACUACGUCGUUGACUCUUAUGCCAAGUAUGCUGCGAGUGCCGUCGCCGCCAUUGUUUUGGGAGAAAAUCUCUUUUCUGCCUUUUUGCCUCUGGCCGCUCAAAGCAUGUACGCCAAUCUGGGAUUCCACUGGGCGAGCAGUUUGCUUGGGUUCUUAGCUCUGGGUCUGUCGCUCGCACCAAUAUGCAUUCUGAUAUGGGGAAGGAAGCUCAGAGAACGAAGUCCCUUCAUGAAGGAAGCCAUUGUCGAGAGAAGGAUCCAUGCGAAUGUGUGA